AUGGUUGAGUGUCCCCGGGGCUGGCCCCGCCUUCAGCCCCGCCCCCGCCCACUGGGCCCGCCCCCGAACAUCAUUGGUCCUGUCGGUCAGCUGAUGCCCGAUGGCCCUGCCCCUCGGGCCCUGGGCAUUUUCGGCGCAGAAGUUCUUGGGGCUUCACAACUCCUUGUGGACCUAAUGGGGCUGCGGGAGACCAGCCAGCCCAUCUUCAUCGUCCUCCUGCUUUGCCGGCUGGGUGUCUCCUGCAGAGCUGACAGCUGCAACUUUGAGAAGCCACCACUGUACCCAGAUGGAGCCUCAGGCGCCUCAGGACCCAGGAACUUGAGUUGCUACAGGGUUUCCGGGGCAGACUAUGAAUGUUCCUGGCAUUACGAUGGCUCUGAGGACAAUGUCACGCACUUCCUGAGGUGCUGCUUCAGUGGUGGACGCUGCUGCUACUUUCCCGCAGGCCGUUCCAGGACUGUGCAGUUCUCGGAACAGGCUGGUGUCCCUGUGCUGUCUACCGUCACAUUCUGGGUGGAGUCUCGGCUCAGCAACUGGACCAUGAAGUCUCUGGAGAUAUCCCUGUACCUGUCUGAGUGGAUCAAGUUUAACCCUCCUCUGGGAGACAUCAAAGCGUCUCGUAUAGACGGGCAGUUACGCCUGGAUUGGAACAUUACCGAAGAGGUUCCAGCUGAGGUGCAGUUCAGGCGCCGGACGCCCACAACUAAUUGGACAUUGGUGAGUCUGUUUCCCAGAUCCAAGGUCACCUUAGCACCGCGGCGUCUGACCAUGCAAUGCCAGACGCCGCAACCAGCUGUCCCUGAGGGCUGCCUGGAAGUCAGGCCUGGUGCUCUGGUGAAGCACUUGGUGCGUGUGCACAUGUUGUCCUGCGCGUGCCAGCCUCAGAACCGGAAGACCAUGUCCAUAGGCAAGCCGCUGAACCUCUCCGGGGCUGCCUACAACUUGGUUGUACUCACCAGGACUCGUUUUGGCCGCAGCCCCUACCAGAUGUGGCACCUUCCUGCCCAAGAACUCACAGAGAUGAGAACCUUGAAUGUCAGCGUGGAAGGCAACGUGACAUCCAUGCACUGGGCGGCCCAGGCUCCAGACACCACCUACUGCCUUGAGUGGCAGGCACGGGGCCAGGGCAGGAACCACACCCACUGUACCCUGAUUGCACCAGAAGAUGAGGACACAGCUGGGAUGGUGACCCACAGCUGGAGCUCAGAGCCUGCGCUGGACCAGGAGGAAUGUUACCGCGUCACCAUCUUCGCCUCCAAGGACCCAGAGAACCCGGUGCUGUGGUACACUGCCCUGUCCAGUUACUACUUUGGGGGUAAUGCCUCGGCAGCUGGGACCCCGAGCCACGUGUGGGUGAGGAACCACAGCAGAAACGCCGUGUCCGUGGAGUGGGCGCCGUCGCGGCUGAGCGCCUGCCCGGGGGUCCUGACGCGAUAUGUCGUGCGCUGCGAGGCUGAGGACAGCGAGUGGGCGUCAGAGUGGCUCUUGCCACCCACAAAGACCCAAGUGACACUUCAGGGACUGCGCAGUGGCGUGGUGUACAAGGUACAGGUGCGAGCCGACACUGCGCGGCUCCUAGGCUCCUGGAGCCGCCCACAGCGCUUCAGCUUUGAGGUGCAGAUUUCCCGUUUAUCCAUCAUUUUUGCGUCUCUGGGGAGCUUCGCCAGCGUCCUCCUCAUGGGCAGCCUCGGAUACAUCGGUUUGACCAGAGCGGCCUGGCGCUUGUGCCCGCCCCUGCCCACACCGCGUGCCAGCACAGCUGUGGAGUUCCCUGGCAGCCAGGGCGAGCAGGCUUGGCAGUGGCGCAGCCCGGAGGACUUCCCGGAGGGGUUGUGCCCGCGAGAGACGCUGGUGGUGGAGAAGGCCCGGGACGCCGAUGACGGGACAGAGCCACCCCAGGCCGCCCCAGCGCCCGCCCCGGACACCGCGCGGUCCUUGGAGGCCGAGAGACGGGAGAAGGGACGCUCGGAGGCCCAGGGCCUGGGCCUGGAGCACGAGAAACUGCCGCUGCUCCAGGGGGCUGUGGCCCGGGGAGCCUCCGCUCUGGGCGACCUUUGGUGGACCCAGAAGGCUGAGGAGCCAGGGCCACCCCCGCGGCCUUCGGGGCAAGAGGACCGCCGGGUGUAGGCGACACCGACCGCUUCCUCGGCCCCUGAGCCGCAGCCGCUGGUCCGCGAAGGCUGCCCGCUUCGUAGGUGUGGACACUGAGGCUCCAAGGGGAGCACCUUCCCGGAGGCCAGCAGGCCUCAGCUGAGAGCCUCUUCCUUCCUUGUGCUCGCCACGCCUGUAGCCACACAGCCUGCCCCGGGACCCAGGAACGGCCGAGCAGGGCAGGAACUGCCCAGGCGGCUGGGCUUGAUGUCCUGGGCAAGGCUGGGCCGGAUCACUCGUCCUUUGGGGUCCUUUAGUCUGAGGGGACCUGGUCACAGGCUCAGCUUGCUCCGUGUGCUGAGCUGGGUCCAAUCCAGGAGCGGCGGGAGCAGGGGCGGCGUGGCAUAGACGCCUGCGGAUCAGGGUCCCCGCGGGAGCACUGCACGCCUGCGGAUCAGGGUCCCCGCGGGAGCACAGGACGCCUGCGGAUCAGGGUCCCCGCGGGAGCACAGGACGCCUGCGGAUCAGGGUCCCCGCGGGAGCACAGGACGCCUGCGGAUCAGGGUCCCCGCGGGAGCACAGGACGCCUGCGGAUCAGGGUCCCCGCGGGAGCACUAAACCUCUGCGGAUCAGGAUGCCCGCGGGAGCACAGGACGCCUGCGGAUCAGGGUCCCCGCGGAAGCACAGGACGCCUGCGGAUCAGGGUCCCCGCGGGCGCACUGAGCACUAAAUAAACGGUUGAAGCGGC